AUGAUUCACGGUCCCAAUUCCCCAUUCUCAGGAGCAUUUACUAUUGGUAAACGAUAUGAAUGUAUAAUCUAUAUCUAUUCCUUAGCUGCCAUAUACUAAACUAAUCCAUACCCAGGGUAAUGUAUGCUAUUCACAUAGUCCAAAUCACUAUUCUAUUAAUCCAAUUGAUAAACCCAUAGGAUUCAGAUUCUCUAAAUCAAAUAGAAAACCCUUAUAUUAACCUAGUAAAGCACCAGAUCCAGGAGCAUAUGAUCUUAAAUAUUAAGUAUUCAAUAAUAUAACUUAAUUAGACAAUUUCCUAAAAUGCCCCUUCUGCUAUUUUUGCAACUGCAAAAGAUCACUAAUAAAGAGGAUUAGAAAUUGGUCCUGGAUCAUAUAAUUGGACAGAUUAAAAAAAGGCUCCAGCAUUUACCUUUCAAAGCAAAUUCGAUUCUAUCGGUAAUCAGAUACUAUAAAAUCCUGGUCCAGGAACUUAUGACAUUAAGCAUUAUCAUACUCAUUAACCUUAAAAUAAGGGAUUGACAACAAGCAAGAGAGUUAAUCAUUUAACAUAAAGUACUCCAGGACCAGGAUAAUAUGAUGUUGAAAAACCUUCAUUUUCAACUAACAUUAAGUAUAUUAUGAUAUCUAACAGAUUCCCUAAAUCAUAAAGAAGUUUUGAAUUAAGUCAAAUUGGACCUGGUCCAGGAGCAUUUGAUUUGAAUUUGCCAAAACAAUAAGGGAUAACAUUUGGAGUUAAAGCAAAUCAACACAUUGAAAAAUCUAAUGUUCCAGGUCCUGGUAGUUACAAAUUAAAAUCAUUUGUUGAAUAUGAUGAAAGAGAUUUAAAAUAAAACAAAAUAAAAGGAGUCAAGUAUAAAUAAUUCAGUUAAAAUUAGAAUUGGUACUUCACAAAGAAGUAGUCAAAAUUUACUAAAAUUUGGUCCAUCUCCAUUAGAUUAUGAUGUUUAAAAAUAUAAACAUCCUACUAGACAUGCUAGGUAAAAAAAGAGAAUUCAUAUACUCUUAGUUUUGGAAGUGCAGUCAGAUAAUCAAUUAUUCCAAAUUAAAUAACCCCUGGUCCUGGAGAAUAUAUAUUUGAUUCAAAACUUAGUAGAAAUGGCCCUGUAAUUUCAAAAGCAUCUAAGGAUUUCAGUUCUUUAGAUAAUACUCCUGUAAAUUCUAAAAUUAAUAAUAAAGGGUCCUGGAAAGUACAAUCCUAACAUAUCAAUUUCAUCUAAUAAGGGACCAAGUUAUCAUAUAGCUGGCAAAUAUGAUAAACCAUAAGAAAAAAGUUUAGUUGGACCUGGAAGAUAUAAUAUUUCAAGAAAUAUUAAUGAUGGUCCCAAAUAUACAUUUCCAACCUUAGAAAAAAGUAUGGAUAAUAAAUCUUUAGAUGUUAAUUAGUAAUUUGCUUUAAAUUUAUCAUACUAGAUCGCAUUGCUAUGAGAUUUAGUAAACUAUUGGGUAUAUACCUCCAUAUAACUUACAUCAUUGAAUAAAAUCAAAAC